AUGAUAUCCUUCUCCAUUGAAGACUGGAGUACAGCUGGUGAGAAGCUUGAUGAAGCCAUCGUCUUGAAACGUUAUCAGGCGAACAUCAUCGGCAACUACACCGCCAAUAGUGCCUACGAACGUGACCUGAAUAGAAUCUUCAAGGAGAUCACCUCUAUAACAAAAUCCAAUUAUGGGUUUUACAGCAACAAGGUCGGCGAAGUCAACGCCAUGGCACUUUGCAGAGCAGAUGUUAAGCUAGAUGUUUGCUCUAGUUGUUUAAACUAUACAAAGAAGCCAUCGGAUGGUCUACGGAUUGCACGUUACGGCUCUACAGCUGAUGAGUACUUUCAGCUCAGACUCGGAGAGUUGUUGAGUGACCUGCGUAGUAAAGCAGCAGCAGGGGGUGCUCUGCUUAAGUAUGCGGCAGGUAACUCGUCGCUGAGUGCUUUGGAAAGGUUACACGCUCUAGUGCAGUUGACUCCUGAUUUGUCUGAAAUGUUAAUGUGA